CGGUGCACCUCGGGUCGGCGGUUCGGGAACUCCAUCAGCAGCGGCGGGGCAGCGGGUUGGCUCGGGUAUGCGGUGUUUCGGGCAUCUCCGGGCAUCGUGUCCUCGUGGGUCCAGGUCUCGUGGUCUGUUCCUUGAUGACGGUGACGAGUUGGACGAGAAUGCGGCGUAUGAUGGACCGCCCGUGUUUGAUGUUGAGCCGGAGGUGCAC